AAAGAAACAGCCAAACUUCUUAUUUCGCAUGGUAUAAAUAUCAAUGAAAAAGAUAAUAUUGGACAAACCGCUCUUCAUAAAGCAACACGUUAUAUAGAUAAAGAAACAACCGAAAUUCUUAUUUAG